AUGCUUGUGCUCAAAUUUAAUGAUAUAAACACAAAUCAAGUUUAACAAUAAUAACAAUAAUACUAAUACUUCAAGAUUAUCCUCUCUCGAUACUCCAAUCAGCAUUUUCAGAUUAAGAAAGCCUACACUAAAUUCUCAGGACGAUGGUCGAAAGGAAGCGAUUCAGAAAGAUAAAUAGAUUAUGUUUAAGAGAAUUUGGAUGUCAAUCUGGUUGCUAAACUAGUUAAUGCAUUCAAUGGCAUCGAAAUCGUCAUAAACACUCCUCAAGAAUUAUAUGAAAUGUAUCAAACUCUGCAUUUCUUCCAGAUUCAGGAACUGUAAAAUUAAAUAGAAAAAUUCCUGAUUUAAGAUAAAUCUAGUAUUUUAAUUGGAUACCAAUUAUCCGAAUUGUUCGAAAUUGAAUCCUUAUCUAACUUUUAUUUUGAAUAUUUCAAAGAAUAUGGAUUCUUGGGUAUUUUUAAUAAAAAACUUGACAAAGAGAAAGCAAGAAAACACAUCUACAAGAACAAAAACAGAUUGGUUCCACUUCAUUAUUUAUAUUUAUAAGCCAACUUAUUCAAAAAACUGUUAAUAUUGCAUAACCAUCUUGCCGUCAUCAAUUUCGAUAAAAGUAAGUUCUUAGACUAAUUUUAAAUUGCCCUUUUAAUCAGCGAAUAUUGUUUAACCAAUGGCUACGACAGAAUUAAAUUAUAAGAAAUCUUCUCCGAUGCAGUUAUUAAAGAUUAAGUCACUAAUGAACAGAAAUAAAUUAUUUUGAUCGAAUUUGAAAAAUAAUAUAAAUAAAACCAAAUGAGAACAGUUUCAAGUAUAUCUUAAUCAGAAGAUGAUGAUUUAUCUGAUACUACAAUAGAAUUGAAAAAUCAUAACUCAGAAAAUAUGAUAUCACAAAUCCCCAUUAUUGAACCUAUUGAAAUAUAUAGAGGAAAAGAAUUAGACCCAAAACUGCUUUUAGGAUUAAAGAAUUUAUAAUUUCAUUUUAAGACUAAACAUACUUCUUUUGGAUUCUAUGUAUCCAAAAAGAUUGAAUUAAAUUCAUAGAUAGAAGAUGAAUAAUUAUAGUUAGUCAAUUUAAAUACUAAAGUAUAAUUUAAUACAAGUUUGAGACUCAAUUGGAUUAGAUUUGAAGAAAAUGGUUUAAAUGUAAAUAAUAGACUAAUAAUUGUCAGAUAAAAAGGAAUAUGUAGGUAUGAAGAUGAUGUGAAUGAACCUAAUGGCUAAAUUAGAUUAACAGGGUGUCGAAAUUUCAGAAUUGAAGAAGUAGAAGUGUGGAAUACAUGUAGUUUUGCAUAUUCUUGA